UUGUCGGCCGUGCUGUUGCCAGUGGGAGAGACUUAGAGCGAGAGAAGUGUUUGGCGCAGUAGAAAUUAUUGGCAGCUCUGCUUACUAAAUACUUUCUCGUUUGCGAAAAUUGUUUAUAAUAUAAGUCGAAGAUUCUCUAUAUUCCGGGCAGCGAGAAGCAAGUCGGAAAAUGAGUUCAAUUAACGUGAAGAAAUUGAAAGUGAACGAGUUGAAGGACGAGCUGAAGAAGCGUAGGCUUUCAGACAAGGGUCUGAAGGCCGAGCUGAUGGACCGGCUGCAGGCCGCGCUUGAUGAAGAGGCCAAAGCUGGCGGCGGUUUUACCGGUCCGGGCGGAGAGGAAAAUGGAGCAGAGGGAGGCUCAGAAGGUGCAGGUGGUUACGACGAGAUGGCCGAGGAUCUCGAAGAAGAAAUGGCCGGGGAGAACAUGGAGGCGGACGAAGAGGAGGAGGAGGAAGGGAGAACCGGUGGGGGUAAAGCGGGUGCCACUGCGACGACGGGAGAUUCGAGUGGUGGGACUGGUGCUCGUCAAGCAGCUGUAAAUCUGCAAGGGACGUCCGGAAAGGGCGAUCAAGCGAGUGCAAGCGGCGAAGUGACCGGGGAAGAGGGAGCUGAAGCAGCCGAUGGCGAGAGCCAGGAGUAUCAAGACGAUGCAAUGGGCGAAGACGAAGAGGAAGACGCCGGGGUCGAAAUGGAUAAAUUUGACGAGGAUGAAGACGCAGGAAUUGAAAUGGACAAGUUUGAUGAGGAGGACGGGGCUCCUGGUUCCCAGUCCGCCGAAGGCGAUGCUGCAAAAGAUAAAAAGGCAGACCAGAAAAACAAGAAAGGCGUUAAAAGGCGCCGAGAAGAACACGGAAGAGGCUACUUUGAGUUUAUUGAAGAAAACAAAUACAGCCGGGCAAAAUCUCCCCAACCACCUCUUGAAGAAGAAGAUGAAGAGUUUGAUGAUACAACUGUUUGUUUGGACACAUACAACAGUGACCUACACUUCAAAAUUUCAAGAGACCGUUACAGCGCUUCAUCUUUGACUAUGGAAAGUUUUGCUUAUCUCUGGGCUGGAGGUAGAGCUACCUAUGGCAUUGCAAGUGGAAAGGCCUGCUUUGAGAUGAAGGUAAUUGAGAAAAUUCCAGUAAAGCAUAUCUCAAGUAAAGGUAUUGAAGUACAUGAUGUACAGAUUGGCUGGUCAUUGGAAGAAGGCGGCUUGCUUCUUGGGGAAGAAGAAUUCUCUUAUGCCUACUCAAUGAAGGGAAAGAAGACCACUAAUUGUGUGACUGAAGAUUUUGGAGAGGGAUAUGAUGAAAAUGAUGUGAUAGGUUGCUUGAUUAAUUUUGAUGGUGAAGAAGUGGAACUUUCCUUUUGUAAAAACGGCAAGGAUCUUGGCAUUGCUUUUAAAGUCAGCAAAGAAUCUCUUGCUGAGAGGCCUCUCUUUCCGCAUGUUCUAUGCCAUAACUGUGCAGUAGAGUUCAACUUUGGACAGAAGGAAGAGCCUUACUUCCCCGUGCCUGAGGGCUACACAUUUCUUCAGCAGGUUCCAGUGGAUAACAGGGUCAGGGGCCCAAAGGGUCCUGAGACCAAAAAAGAGUGUGAGGUUAUUGUCAUGGUGGGAUUGCCUGGAGCAGGCAAGACUACUUGGGUUAUGAAGCAUGUUGAAGCAAACCCUGGUAAAUACAAUGUUCUUGGAACAAACACAAUCCUGGAAAAGAUGAUGAUUUCAAGUUUUAAACGUCAGAUGAUAGAUACGGCAAAGCUGACUGCCAUUUCUCAGCGUGCUCCACUGUUCUUGGGGAAGUUUAUUGAAAUUGCUGCUCGUAAAAAGCGCAAUUAUAUUCUGGACCAGACUAAUGUGUCAGCACCAGCUCAGCGGCGGAAGAUGUGUUUGUUCGCCGGUUUUCAGCGAAAAGCAGUGGUAGUAUGCCCAACUGAUGAAGACUAUAAGCAACGAACUCAAAAGAAGGCAGAAGCAGAUGGCAAAGAUCUUCCUGAGCAGGCUGUUCUUAAAAUGAAAGGUAUUUUUACACUGCCAGAGGAUGGUGAAUGUUUUGAUGAAGUCACCUAUGUAGAACUGCAAAAGGAGGAGGCACAGAAGCUUGUAGAACAGUAUAAAGAAGAGAGCAAGUCUGCACUGCCUGCUGAAAAGAAACAGAACCAGGGAGGGGCAACCAAGAAAGGAGGUAAUCGAGCAAGAGGAAACAAGAACCAGUACAACAGAGGUGGUGGCAGUGGUGGCCAAGGACAGAGGGGAGGUCGUGGAGGAUUUCAGAAUCGUGGCAACUUCAGAGGAGUACCUGGGAAUAGAGCAGCAUUUAACAGACCCCCAAGAGGGUAUCUCCCACCUCCUGGUUUCAGGGGUGGCUUCUCUAAUCGUGGUAACUUCAGCAGAGGUGGAGGCAUGCCAAACAGGGGAAGUGCUCCUCGGGGUGCUCCAGGAAGGGGCAACAUGCCAAGAGGGGGUGCCAUGAACCGUGGAAGUGCUAACCGAGGAGGUGCAAAUAGAGGCAACUUCAACCAGUUCCGAGGAAGAGGUGGAAACAACCGUGGCUUCAAAAAUGGAAACUACAGCAUGAACAAGGCUCAAGCCUUUAACCAGAGCUGGCAACAAGGGUUCUGGAAUCAGAAACCUUGGAGCCAGCAGUAUCACCCAGGAUAUUACUGAGAGCUGUAAUAAUGAACUGAUGGUGCAGAUGGUCUUGCUCCUCAAAUCUUCACAGAUCGACGUUUUUUUAUUUUUAGUCUCACUUUUAAAGGAAAAAAAAAAACGGAAAAGAGGAAAACAUUCCAUGAUGGAGGAAGUGCCUGCGGGUUCUCUUAGAAGCUUUAUGGGUUAAUUUGACUUUUAUUUUUGUACAUUGUUUUUUUUUUUUUUUAUUACAAUGCUUUAAUGUGUAAUGUGAGGAACCUCAGCAUUGUGCAGGAUGGGAUGUUUUAGUAUUUUCAGGGUUAUGCAUUUUAUCUGUAAAAUGUGAUUUUUACUAAAGUAAAAUGACAAAAGAUUUUGUGUAGUAUCAGUUGUGUCUUUAUUCUAGUUUUAAUCCACACGUAGACAAUCCAGAUUUAAAGAAGUCCUUUUUAGAAGCAUGUAGAAAUGUUUUUUUUUUGUUUUUUUUUGUGUUUUAUUGCAUAAUUGUCCCGCAGCAGCAUUAAGUUUCUAGAGACAACUGAAGCUGAAAAUGUUUGUAGAAUAUCUAAAGCUUCAUUAUUAUGACGAAAGGUGACACUUCCACUUGUAAACUUUUAAACCUAGGUUUACAAUAAAAGGGUUCUUUUCCUUUUUA